CAAAACGUAUCUUUUAUCUCUGUGUGUUUGACAUUUGACGCAUAGACAAUUGACAUUUUCAUGAUUAGUUAAAAAUAAAAACAUAUUUUGUUUUUAAUUUCAUUGUGUAAAAUGAAUAAAAAUUGUCAACUAUAAAUAAAGACUAUUACAAAUCAAAAUUACUGUUAAAACAGUUUUAUAUAAUUCGAAUAUAAAAUGGAGAAUUCUUCCCUCAAUAAAGCUCACCAACAACAAAGACGUGCAGAGGCUUUACUACGCCAAAGAAAGUUUGAUGAUUGUAUUGAAUGUCAUAGACAAGCAGUAGAGCUUCUAGAAGAUGCAUGUAAUUUAACAGAAAAUGUAAGAUCUUUGGAAUCUUUAAGACUUCAAAAAAACUACCACCUGAAACAAAUUGAUAUGGUGAAAUUGAAAAUUGCUCAAACAAAAAUUGAUAAUUACAGGAAGACUGUACAAUUGCAGAAAAGGAAGAUUUCUCUGCCUAGUAGUGAGGCAGAUACUGAAGAAGGUUUGGGGGCUACUAUUUACAGGACUAUAGAAGUACAUGACUCUCUAAUUGAUUACCUUGGCAAAAGGGGUGGCAGCGAUAAUGAUAGCGUAAAAUCAUAUUCCACUAGUGAUAAUGAAGAAAAAUUAGAAAAGGAGACAGCUCAAAUAAUUGGCAACAAACAUCCAAAAGAUGAUUCGCAAAUAAUUGAAGAACUCAAAGUUCUCAGUGGGCAGCUUAGAGAUUCUGUUAAGUGUCUCUUAUUACAACUAGAUGAUAGAAACAGGGAAAUUGAGAAGCUAAGGGCCACUAUCAGGGUGUUAGAAGGUGAAAAACAAAAAGCUCGCCAAGCAAAAAAUAAUUCAAGCUUAAAAGUUGUAACUGAUUCGUCUGGGGGUACAUCUCCGUACAUAUUUUCCCCUUGUAGCGAAUUAAGUCCAGACGUUGUAAACGAUAGUAGAAGCUUACCCCCGCUAGCGCCACUCGAAAUGCCAAAUUUCGAUUUUUUAAGCUUUAUCAAAAGUAAUAGUACUAAUAAUAAUAAUACUGAAAAUAGUCAAUAGAGCUGUACCUAAUCUUAGUUUGACUGAAUUAUGUUUAAUAUGCUAUGUAUUUCGUAAAUUGUUUAAUUUCCUUUCGAAGUUUUGGGUCUUUUCUUUAUUUGUUUAAAACUUUUCGUCUUUUGUGAAAAUAAAAAAGUGAAGUCCAAAACAUUGAAAAAACGGGUUUUUAAAACAUUUGAAAAUUAUUCCAAUUGCCUUCGAAAUAUAGUAAAAUUCUUCAUAAUAAGACUUAAAGUAAUCCGCAUAAUUGCAAACUAUAACAUUUUCAACAUAAUUUCUUUUGUAAAAUACAAACUUUUUUGCGAAUCAGUCAAAAUAAAAAUUCUUCCUCUUUUUGGACUUCUUGGUUUGAAUUUCACGAACUUAUCUUGAAAGAAGCUUUAUCUAGCAUAAUACCUCCUAUUUUUAGUGAUAUUUCUCCAAAUCAUAAUUCCAAAUUUUCAUCAGGUCAUUAUUAAUUUUGACCCUGGAUAAACUGUUUUACCAUUAUGCGGAUUUCCUGAAGAGCCCCAUUAUGAUGAAAUCUACUAUAUUGCGAAAGGAAUAAUACUAAAUUCAAUAUAACCACUAAACGAAAAAACUAGCAUUUGGCAAUUCGUAAGAAUGAAAGAUUUUAAUAUAAGUUAGAAUUGAGUGUUUCACAUAGUUGUUUUAAGGUACUUUUGGGUUUUUAUAUGAAUCAUAAAUUUUUCUGUUGUAAAUAUUAUUUUUCUAAUUUCUAAAUUGUAAAUACCAAAAUAUUUUUGAAUUUUGAAUUCUACAAAUAAAUAUAUGGUACCUCAAUCCAAUCUUACUUUAUCAUUGAUUUAAAAUAUAUUAAAUUUUAUCUCUUUAUAUAGUUUUAAAUAAUUACCGUAAAAUGAGUUUACUUUGCUCCAAUUUAAGCAUGAGGUUUAGAAACUGUUCCAAAUAAAUUGGAAGGAAAACACAAAAGAUUUUGCUAUUUAGGCUACAUAUACAAAAUAGCUUACAUUUACAUAUUUUAUCAGUAUUGAAACUAAAAACAAAUGGAAACUAUUUUUAUUUUUACUUUUUUAGUGGAGCAAAGUAUACCAAUGGACGGGGGGUACUUUGCGCCACAUUCAAAAACACAUUAUAACUAAUGCUAAAACAUCAGAGGAGCAAAAUAGUAAUAGGUUUUGUUGAACUUUUCUCCAUUAAUAAAGCAACAUUUUUGCUGAAUAAACAUAUAUGUAAUUACAUAAAUAAACAAAAUUCAGUACAAAAUAUAAAAAACAAAAAAAAAACACUGAAAAACAAAUAAAAUUGGGGGUUUACAUAAUUAAAAGUAAUUUUAUUAUUGCCACCAGGUUUUUAAUUCGGGAACAUCGUAAAAACCUCUUUUUGACAUUUGUCUUGGUGGAUUUAUAGAGCCUAAAACAUCAUCCCAAGAAUAACCCAUUUGAUCCUUUUUUUGCGGCCAUUUCCACGCCUUCAAAAAUUUCUCUAUCAUUUAUUAUGACUUCUUUGUUGUCAAAGGCAAUAAUUUGUCCUGGAAAUUGUUUAUUAUCAUAUUCAAAAACAAUAAACGUUCCCACUUCACGCACGACAUUCCAAAUUGAAUAUCUGGGGUAGUAUUCUCGAAUACCGACAUUCGCAUACGUGUUUUACAAUGUGUCUCACUUUGUUAAACGAAAACCAAGUGAGACAAAUCAUAAAUCUCGCAUGCGAAUCUAUAUUCGUGACUCGAGAAUACUACCCCUGGCUUUAAAGUUUUCUUGCUAUUUACGUAUUCAACAAACUGGCGUUCUCUGUUCCUUUCUUCAUCCAGUUCAACGAAAUCAAUGUCGCUUGAAGAAUCGUCAUUGUACUGUAACGAGGAAUCGUUUUUAUUAGUGACAAACGUACUAGGCUCAUUGAAAUUACUAGCAGUUUCUUCGUGAGGUGCAGUUUCUUCCUGAGAUGAUUGCAAAGGCUUUUUCCAGCCGGAAUGUUAUUUUUUUUUCUGCGUACUAUUCUGGUAGGCUUUGUAGAUUCCAAUCUUCUAUCAACAAGUUUUUGUAGGAAAGCAGAGUGAACGUAAUUUGAAUUAGAAUCCAGAUCGCUUUUUGGUAUGCGAUCUAAAAGUUCGUUUACAUUUACUGGCACAAUGCCACCCUUGCGAAAACAUGAUUUUAAAUUGUCUGCUACACUUGUUUCAAUAAUAGCCAGCAUUUUCUUUAAUAGCGGUGGAAAGUUUUGUUUCUAGAUAUUGGUAUGGUGCAUUCCUUCCUCCGUGUCCUUCCAUUCUGAAAACUUACCUCCAUGCUAUUUUUAAAGGUCUAACGCCACAUCGAGGGGUUGCGUUAAAUGAGUACUGUUGGGUGGUAAGCAAAUUAAAUUUAUUUGGUUCUCACGGCAAAGCCUCAAGGCGUGAACGGUAAUAUGGGAUGAAAGAUUAUCACAUAGCAAUAUUUUUUUCCUGACAGUUUUCUAAAUCUUGGCACAAUUUGACUUUCAAGCCAAUCAGUGAAUAUGGCCGCAUCAAACCACUCACUUUUGGUAGCAUUAUAUCGACAUCCCUUUGAGCCGUUCUCCGUCCAUGUUGUCCACAUAUGACUUGCUCUGUAAACCACAUACGGAGGAAGGAGUUCCCCAGAAGCACUUCCACAAAACAUUACAGAAAUCGAAGUUUUGGAAGCAUUACGAAUGGUCUCAGGGUACUUACA